AUGACAGACUCAUUGCACAACGUGUCGGUAGUGCUCGACAAUGGAUCCGGAACUAUCAGGGCUGGCUUCGCAGGAGACGACGUACCCAAGUGCCACUUCCCAUCAUGGGUAGGCAGACCAAAACAUCUCCGCGUUCUGGCCGGUGCGCUGGAGGGAGAGGUGUUUAUCGGCCAGAAAGCGGCCACAGAGCUGCGGGGCUUGCUCAAAAUCCGAUACCCUCUGGAGCAUGGUAUUGUCACGGACUGGGAUGAUAUGGAGAAAAUUUGGGCCUAUGUGUAUGACGAGGGCUUAAAGACACUGAGUGAGGAGCACCCUGUCCUUCUUACCGAACCACCACUCAACCCAAGGUCAAACCGUGACACGGCUGCUCAAAUUCUAUUCGAGACGUUCAACGUGCCAGCUCUCUACACAUCAAUCCAGGCUGUACUGUCUUUGUACGCCAGUGGAAGGACGACAGGUGUGGUGCUUGAUGCUGGCGACGGUGUGUCCCAUGCUGUACCAGUAUACCAAGGGUUCACGGUGCCCAACAGUAUCAGGAGAAUCGAUGUCGCCGGCCGCGACGUGACUGAACAUCUACAGACGCUGCUCCGCAAGAGCGGUUACGUCUUCCAUACCAGCGCAGAAAAGGAGGUCGUCAGGCUCAUCAAGGAGGCCACGAGCUACGUCGCGAGGGAUCCCAAGAAGGAAGAGAAGGAGUGGGCAGCUUCCAAGCAGGACCAGAGCAAGUUUGCCGAAUAUGUCUUGCCAGAUGGCAACAAGCUCAAGAUUGGAGCGGAACGUUUCCGUGCCCCAGAGAUCUUGUUCGACCCUGAGAUCAUCGGUCUUGAAUAUCCGGGCAUUCACCAAAUAGUAGUUGAUUCGAUCAACAGGACGGAUCUCGACCUGCGCAAGGACCUGUACAUGAACAUCGUCCUGUCGGGAGGUAGUACACUCACAAAGGGAUUCGGUGACAGACUUCUCAGCGAAGUACAGCGGCUUGCUGUCAAGGAUAUGAGAAUCAAGAUUUUUGCGCCCCCGGAGCGGAAGUACUCUACCUGGAUUGGUGGCAGUAUUCUGGCUGGUCUGAGCACAUUCAGAAAGAUGUGGGUCAGCAUUGACGACUGGCAUGAGAACCCGGAUAUUAUCCAUACCAAGUUCGCCUAG